AUGACAGCACAAGAACAAUGUGCAAUGAUAUGUCAGCUAUGUGUAGUAGAUCCAAAAGUGAAAUGGAAAUGUUUAAAAUGUGAGCUAUUGAUGUGCAUGAAGUGUAAAGACAAAGUACAUGCUAAAUUCAAGACCGACAAGGAGCAUAGAGUUAUUGAUAUAAAGGAACUCCAGUUAGAUGGGAUUGAAGAGUAUGAUGCGUUUAACCUGGAAGAAGACGAAGAAAUGAUGACACCAAGAUUAGAAGUAAAAAUAACAAAUAUAAAAAAGUUCCCGACAACAUUAGAGAAUAUCACAAUUCUAGCAAUAUCAUUGGAUGAUUCGCUCUGGAUAGGUGAUGGAGAAGAACAGGAAGGAUUCCAUCCAUUCUCUAAACCAACAGCCCUACAAAAGGUAAAAGUCGAAACACAAAAACUGAAGGUUAUAUCUACGUUUAACAUUGGUGUAUGGGACAUAGCUAUAACCAAUACCAAUGACUUACUUAUGGCUACACGGGAAUCAAAGCUGAAGCAAAUAAUUAAUUCCUGUAAUAGAGUAUCAGAAUCUACAUAUGAGGUACAUGCAGAUUCGUUCAUAAUUUCGUGUGUACACGUGACAAAGAAUGGAAAAGUUAUAAUAGGUGCAAAUAAAAAAGAUCCUGAACACAGAGAAAUUAUUGGUGUCAUGGAUACAGAUGGUAGUCGUCUUACAUGGCAUGAAAACGAUAAAAACCAAAAACCUUUAUUUGAAUAUCCAAUGUCUAUUACCAGUACAACCAACGAGAAUAUAUUUGUUGCGGAUUUACGCCGAGUGGUGGUGCUAGGGAAGGUAGAUGUGAUUCGUGUUUACCAUCCUAUCAUCAAACUAUGUCCAUUCAGACCAAAAUCAGUUGUGACCACACCAUUAGACAAUGUUAUAGUGGCCGACUGUCAUAAUCAUUCACUACACAUACUGAACAAUACUGGUCACAGCUUGACCACCUACACAACCAGCUGUCAUUGGAGUUGCAUUUCCUUACUCACUCGCCAUCGCUUCGGUAGGACAAUUCACGGUUCUAUACAUUGGAUGCAACACACAAGAAGAUAG